GCCCUCGUGCGCGCCGCGGACGCCCGCGUCGCGGCGCGCAAGCGGCCGCGAGCGUUGGAGGCCCGGGUGUGGGCUGCUGCCAGUGCGAGGACGCUGGCCCGGAGGCUCCGCCGGGAGAGGCGUUCGGCGCUGGGCGACACUCGCGCGGGGGCGCUGGCUCACAGGCUCAAGUUUUUGCGCGUAGCGCUUGUUGAGCACUGGGCCAUUGACGACCGCAUGGGCUGCCACUUCCCCUCCAUGGGGGAGACAGUCGUGGCUGCCCGUCUAUUGGGCUGGCCACCUGAGGAGGUGAAGUACUACGUGGAGGUCCUGGAGGCUGGCAACUGGUCGCGGCACGCGCCGCCGCCCUCAGUUGCUGGCCCGCCGCGCCCGCCCGACGCCCCGCUGGCCGCCGCGCUGGAAGGCCUGCUGGACGGCAGGAGCACGCCGCUGCGGGCGAAGGCCACCGUCUUCCUGCCCCACUGCGACGUCGCGAAAGGCGAGGUGGCGGAUCUCGCCGAGGUUGGCGCGGUGCUGGAGUUCGAUGGCUCCGUGGAGGUCGGCCCGUUGCUGGCGUUCGGCGGUAAGGAGGUCGAUGUCCACGAUUCGGGCGCAUCUGUCGUGGGCAAUGCUUGCGCGGAUCGUGGGGUUUUCGUCGAGAUGGGCUCGGAGCUGGAGUUCGACGCGGUCGGUGUCGAGGUGGGCUCGGAGCGUGUGUCUUUCGACGGGUUGUCAGGGGAGUUGGCGGGCAUCGCGGUGCACAUGACCGUGGAGAGUCACCAGCAGGAGCAGGAAGGAGUCGCCGUCAUGGUGCCGCUCACUCUGAAGCCGUUCCUGUUGGCCGUCGUGGUGUCCUCUGUGUGCGGGGCGCCGACGGUUAACGUUGCUGGCUCGGAGCCGGUGUUCGACGAGGUCGUCGAGGUUGGCUCGGAGCAGAUGUUCGGCGACGAGGGGUGCCACGUGAUGAGCGACGACGGCGGUUUCCCAGGGGCCGUGCCCGCGGACCGCGUGUGUGAGGACGUUGCCUGCCCGCGCUUCGACGCCGAGCAGUUCCUCGUCAAGCUGUUCUCGCAUCGCCACGCGGCGGUCAAUUCCAAUCAUGCGGAGGGCGAGCUGGAGGUUGGGCUCGCCGACGUCGGCGUGAGCAUGGAGGACGUGGUGCGCCAGCUCGAAUACGAGGACGUGGACCCCGACCUGAUGCACACCUUCAUGCUAUCCCAUCGCUUCCGACAGUGCUUCCGCGUCCAGGGAGUGAGCCUGUUCCGCGUCUUCGGCGGGAGGACAGGGCUGUCGGAGACUGCUGAGGCUCGGGGCGGGCCGUCGGCGCUCUAG